AUGAGAUAUCGAGCAGUAUUGAGCGCGCUGUCAUGCGUCGUCCCGGUAUUGGCAAACAGCGCAUGGCAGCAGGUACUGGGUGAAAUAUGGUCCGAGCAGCAACAAGUAGCACCGGCAAGAGCGCCGAACUUCGUCUUUAUCAUCACCGACGACCAAGAUCUUGAGCUGGACUCCCUACACUAUAUGCCACUGGUUAGCCGCCACUUGAAGGCCAAAGGCACAUUUUUCAGAAACCAUUUCGUGACCACGGCGUUGUGCUGCCCAUCGCGAGUCAGUCUGUGGACAGGACGGCAAGCUCACAAUACCAAUGUGACAGAUGUAAGUCCGCCAUACGGCGGCUAUCCCAAGUUUGUGGAACGUGGCUUCAACGAUGAUUUUCUUCCUGUAUGGUUGCAAACCUCGGGGUACAAUACUUUCUACACGGGAAAGUUGUUCAACUUUCAUACCGUGGAUAAUUACGACAGUCCUUAUGUGAAUGGAUUUACAGGAUCGGACUUUCUCCUGGAUCCAUUCACAUAUUCUUAUCUCAAUGCGACCUUCCAGAGAAAUCGUGAACCGCCAGUGAGUUACAAGGGCCACCACACCACCGAGGUCAUCACCGAUAAAGCUUUGGGCUUUUUAGAGGAUGGGCUGGCUGAAGACCAGCCGUUCUUCCUUGUUAUUGCGCCCAUUGCGCCGCAUUCGAAUAUCGAUGUGGGAGCUCUGGACGAUCACGGUGCCCCGACAGUCAUGACGGAACCAAUUCCAUUGAGUCGGCAUGAGAAUCUUUUUCAAGAUGCCAAAGUACCACGGACGGCGCAUUUCAAUCCAGAUGAACCUAACGGCGUGAGCUGGGUUCGUAAUCUUCCCAAGCAGGACGACCAGACGAUCGAAUACAACGACCACUUCUACCGCCAACGGUUGCGGGCACUACAGGGCGUCGAUGAACUGGUGGGCGCCGUAGUCAAUCGACUCGAGGACAGUGAUCAAUUGGACAACACCUACAUCAUCUACACAUCGGAUAAUGGCUACCAUAUCGGACAGCACCGACUACCACCAGGCAAGGCCUGUGGGUUUGAGGAAGAUAUCCGUGUCCCUUUUCUCAUUCGAGGACCCGGAAUUGCAAAAGGUGCUGAUCAGGACGCGGUAACCACUCAUAUUGAUAUUGCACCGACUCUUUUAAAAUUGGCCGGCAUCCCAUUACGGGAUGACUUGGACGGGACACCGAUGCCCCUUCACCCUAACUCCAACGAGACUCGACACGAGCACGUUGCUGUAGAGUACUGGGGCCGUGGAUAUCUAGAGGGGUUGAAAGGCGCGAUAGACAACUCACCAGUAGUGCCUAAUAACACCUACAAGUCGGUUCGAUUGAUUGGAGACGGAUUCGACCUGUACUACUCAGUAUGGUGUAAUAAUGAACAUGAACUUUAUGACCUUACAACCGAUCGCUACCAACUCAAUAACUUAUACUACAAUGUCGACUCAUCUAACCGACAGAUACAAGGCUUCAACCUGCGGAAGAUCAUCGAUCGGCUCGACUCUCUGCUCUUAGUCUUAAAAUCAUGCAAAGGCGAUACAUGUAUUAACCCAUGGAAUACACUCCACAGUGACGGAGCAGUAUCAUCUUUUAAAGAUGCUUUGCACGAGAUGUACGAUGCGUUUUAUCAGCAUCAACCUAGUGUUUCUUUUAGCCGGUGCGAGCUGGGUCAGAUUCUCGAUGCAGAGGGACCUCAGGAACCACUUGUGUACCGGCAUGGACUGAGCUGGGAGGUCUGGACUUAA